AUUUGAUAUUUAUAUUUAUUUUUCCAACUAUUUUGCUUAAUUUUCAUCUAUAAUCCAAAGAAAAUAUGUUGAAUUAGCAAUUAGCAUUGACCAGAAUGGCUUUCAGUGGCAUACAAUUUUUAGUCAAAGAAGAACCAAAAGAUUCCGAUCAAAGUGAUGUCGAUAGUAAUUCCCACACAGAAAUUAAAAUUAAAGAUGAACAAGACUAUGAUAAUCCAGAUUUUGUAGAAUUAGGCAAUGCACCGGAUGGUUGUUCAAUUAAUUCCAGCAACACUGAAGGUGUUGACAUUAACGUUGAAAGUGGAGUGAAAUUCAAUUCUCAGGAAUGGACUAAAAAUGUACAUAAUAGUUCGAUAAACCCUAGCACUUCAGGUACCGAAACAAAUUGUGAUAACAGUUCAAUGGACACUAGUAUCCCCGAUGUAGAUCCAGAUGUAACUACUAAAAAUUUACAGCAUUUUAUGUUAAGUGAAAAUUCAGAAGACAGUACUAUAGAUGGCAAUCGAACAGAUUUCGAUCGGGAUUGGACUGAGCAUAAAGACGGUUAUUUUUCGUGCAAAAUUUGCAAAGUUAAAUAUCCCGAUGAGUUUUAUUUACUGAACCACUUUAAAUCUAGAAGACUAGGAGAUAAACGUUACAAAUGUUGUGGUUGUGAUAAAGUUUUUAGAGAUAAUACACAAUUAGGUGUACAUUCUAGAAAGCACACCGGCGAGAAGCCCUAUUCGUGUUCAGUUUGCGGAAAGAAAUUUUCAGUGAAUGGAAAUUUAAGUAAACACAUGAGGAUUCAUACCGGUGAAAAAAGAUUCGAAUGUUACACUUGUGAAAAAAAGUUUACUCAAUUCGCUCAUUUGGAAGAUCACAUUAAAACUCAUUCAGGUGACAGGCCAUUUGUUUGCGACUUCUGCAACAGCGCUUUCAAGACUAAGGCGAGGCUACACAAGCAUAAAAAGUCUCAUGAAGACGAACAUGCCACCAAAAGAUCUGUCCCCUGUCCAAUAUGCGUAAAAGUAAUGAAAAGUACCAAGCAGCUAUUAACCCAUAUGGAAACUCACGAUGAAGGUCCCCACAAUCCUUUUCCAUGCGAAACGUGCGGGAAGACCUACAAAAAUUUAUUUUCCCUUCACAUACACAUGAAAACCCAUGGUAAUGUUAAAGAUUUUCAAUGUACCUUAUGCGAUAAGGCAUUCAGAAAUGCUAGUCAUUUAAGAAGACAUUCCAAUUCACAUACAGGAGUUCGUCCUUUCUCUUGUAAUAUAUGUCUGCGAGGAUUUCCUUCAUCGCAAAAUUUAAAAAGACACAUUAUGACGCAUACAGGAGAGAAGCCUUUCAGCUGCGAUUCGUGCGAGAAAAGCUUCCUUACAUUGGAAAACCUCAACAGGCACAAACGAACUCACACCGGCGAAAAACCGUUUCCUUGUAAUAUAUGCGGGAAGUUUUUUGCUCACAGCACCACUGCUAAAGAACAUAUGCGAAUUCAUACAGGAGAUAAACCAUUCACUUGUACAUUCUGCGAUAGAAAAUUCGCUCUCAACAAAGCCCUUUACAAGCACAUACGCGAACGGCAUCCUGAGGAUUUUCCGGAAUUUAAACGUUUGAAUGAUCUUCCACCGAACAUGAAGAAAGCAAGGGAAAAAAUUAAACAAGAGUCUCUAUCACUAGAAGAGUCACUAGAACCUAAUAAAUUAAGUAACGUUAACGUUAGCAUAAAGACGGAGCCAUUAGAUGAAAUUAAAAAAGAACUGCCUGAUGAGGAUGUAAAGUAUGAAACUUUUAUGGAUAGUUUGAAGCUGAGGCCUGUGGAUAUUACUAUUAAAGAUGAAAUAGACGGUUUAAGUGAAUUUGUUGUUAAAAAGGAAAAGGAUGAUGUUGGAUGUAGCUAACAUUUAAUUUGAUUUUAUCCAAAAUUGUUACUCUUCGAUUAAGUUUUAUACUUAAUUUGUUAUUUUUUACAUUCUAUUUUUUUGAAUGAUUAAUUUAUUAGAACUUUGUAGAGAGUCACUGAAAAGUAUAAUAUUAGGCAUAAUAAUGUUAUUUAUGUAUU